AUGACUGAUAUAACUAGAGUGUUUCGUGCUGUUAUAAAAGCUAAACAAGUAACAAAUGAUUUUAAUCUUAGUUUAAAUAAAUGUGUAGAAAAAAAUGAAAAAAUUUCAACAAAAUUUUUAUCUCGAGCAAAACUAAUUCUUAAUGAUAUAAUAAAAUUAAAACAUGUUUUACUUAAAUCUCGUACAAUUUAUUUAAGUCCACAUUAUCUUUUAUCAUCAACAAAUAAAAUUAUGAAUGAUGAACAACGUCAAGAAUUUGAACAUAAUAUUGAAAAACAAAUAAAACAAUGUCGACAUGAUUUAGAACAAUUAAAAUCAUCUAUUGGACAAAUUUGUUUUCAAGGACAACGUCGUUCACAUUUUGAAUUAGUUUGUGCUUAUUUAGAACGUGAUUUAGUUGAAUGUACUAAAAUUUAUAGUGAACAAAAAUGUUUACGAUAUAAACGUGAAUCAGAAAGAAAAAAAAUUGGACGACUUGAUACUGACAAUCAACAUGUCAUUUUAAAUAUUCAUAAAAAUGAUAAUCGAAAAAAGACAAAUGAUCUUGUCGAUAGUACAAAAAAGUCAAUGAACAUAAUUGAAAACAACUCAAGUAACAUAACUACUACUACUACUACUACUACUACUACUCAACAUCUUGAUCAAGAUAAUCCUAUUGAAAACGAUGAAGAAAAUCAAAUUCCAUCAACUCCACCGACUGGUAGUAAACUUCGACAAUUACAAUUAGAAAAUAAUCAAUUAUAUAGUGAUGUUGCCCAACGUAGUGAAGAAAUUCGUGCUAUAUCAUCACAAGUUGUUGAAAUAGCACAAUUACAAAAUGAACUAUUCGAUAAUAUACUUAUUCAGAAAGAUCUUAUUCAAGAAGUUGACACGGCAGCUGUUGCUAGUAAUGAUGAUUUGGCUGCUGCUAUUAUACAUAUACGUGAUGCUAUUCGAAAUACAGCACAAAUGCGUCGUUGGGUUAUAUUUUUUUUACUUGUCAUGAUUUUUUCACUUCUCUUUCUUGAUUGGUAUAAUAUGUCGGAUACGAGUACGAGUAAUAGUGAUGUUGAAGAUGAUAUUGAGGAUGUAUUACCAAUAUCUUCUCAUAUAAAUAUUAUUCAUGGUCUUAAAACUGUAUCAUGUUUAACAUUAGAUUCGAAUGGUAUGCGUAUGAUUACAGGUGGAUAUGAUGAAACAAUGAAAAUGUUUGAUUUUACAUCAAUGGAUAAAAAUUUUCAACCAUUUCGAACGGUUCAACCAUGUCCUGGACGAUUACUACGAGCUAUUGAAUAUAGUGCAAAUAAUGAUAUGAUACUUAUUGUUCCGGGCGAUUGUCAAGCAAUCAUUGUUAAUCGAGAAGGUACGAGAUAA